AUCAAUGACAGUACAUAAUUUAGUACUUAGCGUUAAACUAGUUUAAAGUUGUGUGUGGCUCAUUUUUCUGUAAAUUGUAAUCUUCUAAAAUCAGCUGUACUUGUUUCAUCCCUUGUGUCGCAUAGUUGGACUCACAUUUACAACCCAAUGAGCUCUGUUUCACCGAUUAUCUUCAGCGAUCUCUCACGAGGCCCUCAAUCCGCUCUCGUUCAAGAUAUAUACAACUGUAUGCCCCAAUGUUAUCGCUGCCCAAAUGCUAUCAUAUAUGUACUAUUAUUUUAUGCUUAUCGACGAUUUUCACUAUUAUACAAUGCAACAUUACAUGGACAUGUAUAAUAAUGUGAUUUUUUAAUUAUAUCGAAUGUGAUGAAACAACAAAAACAAAUAUUUAUUAAACAAUAUUUUCCUGGAUGAUUGAUAACAAAAAAAGAAAGAAAAUAGAGCAGUAAAUCACGUGUUAUCUCAGUUUAAUUUACGAUUCAUAGAACCAAAAUAAGGAAGAAUUGUCACAUUUUAACGGAUCGAACACAAAUAUAACCAACACAUGGCCCGGCUACUCAACAAUGAUUCCAAGAAUGGGAACGCGGCGUCCAACCGAAAAGAUGACUUAACGAUCGACGGCAAGAUGGCGUCGUCUGAAAAAGGAAAACCAGUCACCGGAUAUGUGGGUGCGUCUGCUGCUGAGGACGAUGGAAAUUGUGAAAUAAUUGGCGCCGGCUCAGGACUGGUCCCAAUCCCACCGGACGGCGGGUGGGGCUGGGUGGUUACCAUGGCAUCCUUCAUGGUGGGAGUGAUUGUGGACGGGAUAUGCUUUACGUUCGGCUUCUUUUUCAACGACUUCCAGGAGCACUUCGGCACCAACCGGAGCGUCACCGCCUCCAUCAAUUCGGUACUGAGCGGGACCUACCUAACCGUUGGUCCACUGGUGAGCGCGCUAGUGAACAUAUACGGCUGCCGCAAGGUGGCGAUGAUUGGCGCCGUUGUGACAUCAGUUUCGUUCUUCGUGUGCACGUUCUCGCCCGACAUCAACGUCAUGAUACUCCUCUACGGAUUCUGUGGAGGUUUGGGGUUCGGUUUGAUGUACCUUCCCGCGAUUGUAAUGGUGGGUUACUACUUCGAUAAACGACGAGCGCUUGCGACGGGUAUAGCCGUUUGUGGAAGUGGCGUCGGCAGCUUCGUGUUCGCACCUCUAAGCGAGCUCCUGCUUGGGACAUACAAUUGGAAGGGUGCCAUGUGGAUUUUAUCCGGUCUUUCGCUCAACGGGGCCGUUUUUGCUGCAUUGUUUCGACCUCUGUCAUACAACGAAAGUCAAAGCGUCGUGGAAAAAAGCAAAGAAGAUGAAUUUGAACCAAGCUACGAAAAAGAGGCAAAAGCGCCCUUGGUCAAUCCUGUGGUGCAAAUUAUGAAGACGGAUUCGCCCAUUUAUAGGUGUAAGUCAAUGGAAUCGUGCCAUGAAACCUCUAAUGUAGCCCGGCUCGGCAACAGUAUGGUGCUCUUAGAGUCGGGAACAAAUGUCCACAGCAGAAACUCGAAGAGUUGGCAUGUGAUGAAGCCUAUGGAUAGGAAAGACAUUUUUUACAGCGGAAGCGUUCAGCACCUUCCCGAAUACGUCAGAGCCGGAAACGAAGUGAAUUUCGUGCGAAGCAUGCUCAGCGUUCACGAAAAGAACGCGGAGGAAGAUACGGAAACCACCGAGUCGUCCUGCGGAAAAAUAUUCAAGACCAUGUUUGAUUUCUCUCUUUUGAAGAGUCCAACGUUCGUCCUUUACCUCAUGGCGUGUUUCCUAUGUAUGAUGGGUUUUUUCGUGCCGUUUAUAUACAUCCCUGAAAUUGCGAAAGAAAACGGCAUGUCGUCAUCACAGUCCGCUUGGAUCAUAUCUUCAAUAGGAAUUGUGAACAGCAUCGGCAGAAUCCUGGUGGGAUGGGUGUCCGACAAGCCGUGCACCGACGCCCUUUCCAUCAACAACGUGGCGCUAAUCGUCGGCGGUGUGUUUACCAUGUUCGUCCCGCUCUACAAGGCGUACGCCAUGAUCAUCACGUAUGCGGUCAUUUUUGGACUGUGCAUUGGUGCACUUUUCGACGCAACGGGCGAUUACACGGUCUCUUUUUACCUAGCAGGGGCGGUAAUCGCAGCAUCAGGAUUGUGUUGUCUUCCCCUGCGUCGAGUAAGCCGCUGGGAAAAGCGUCGUGAGCAGCUUCGCAAGGAUGCUGGGAAAUCCAAUAAAAAGUAAUCUCCAUAGAACACGGGCAAGCGUCACAGCAGGAUUGUGACGUUGUCGUUUAAUUGGUGAUACAAUUACAGUUUAUGGAUUGGGAUUGAUGCAAUUAAAAUCGACAAUCAAUUUAAUGUUUCAUGUGUUUAACGCGAAGGUUUAUGUGCCUUGAUGCACGAAUUUCCUGUAUACAAGAUGUUAGAACUAUUUGAAUGCACACAAAUAUACUGUAAAGAUAAAGGUUUGAUAAUAACAGUCAAACUAAUAAUAAAAAAUGUUUUAAACCCCAUGUUUUCCGUAAUGUUACAUCAUUUUGUGGAGCUGCUUGAUGAAACACUAGUUUUGUUUCAUUUUUACUCCAGUCUAUAUAGUGUCAGCACAUGUUAAAACCAUAAGUAACGUGCACGCACAUUUAAUUGUUAAAAAUUAGGUUUGUCAGAUUUAACCAAAAAAGUUACUAAAGAUACAAGUAUUUCUGACAAAAUAAAAAUAAUCUUAAAAACGCCAUGUUUUCCGUUAUAUUACAUCAGUUUGCGGUGUUACUCAAAUAAACAUUCGUUUGGUUUUAUUUUUAAUCCAGCAUAGAUCUAUAUGAUUUCCGCACAUGCAAUUUACAGCAAGAAUAUGUUGCCUUUGUUUCUGUAUUGUUGAAGCCCCGACAUCGUUAUGUUGUGACAAACUAAACACAGUCGAAUGGCGAUAAGGCCAGCAUUUUUUAUUUUUUGUUUUACGGGUAUUUUUUCAAAAAAAUUGAGUCGGGGGGGGGGGGGGGGA